AUCAACCUUAACAGCUUCAUCCGCCCCUUUGUACACUCCGCCCCAACCCUCAGAACCGGCAUAUUCCCCUCCGGCGCCUCCUCCUCUUACUCAUUGGCCGAGUUUAAAUCCCCUAACGGCAUAUUAUAACCCAAGCCACGCACAGAAUGCCGACUCGCCUAUGCGGAUGGAUAUAGACGCAAGCAGCAGCAGUGGCACGAUCCAGAUGUACGCAUGGCUGCUGAAGCCCUAGGCGAUCUAAGAGCAGAUUUCGUGUCUUCCCCGCCGAAUAAUCACGCCCCGGUACCUGGUUCGCCACGCUCACAAACGAACGGUAUCCAUCCGGAGCCGCUCAUCUCCCUAUUGACUACAUCGCAUCCCUUACUUGCUACAACUAUCGAGGGUGCCACUUCCGCCUACGUCAACUCUAAGAAUUAUUCGCCGAGGUUUAAGUCGAGCGCCGAGUAUGUCGAGGGCUACGUGAUUCCUAUCGCCAACACCGUAGGGUCAGUCGGUCGCGUAACCGGCGUAGAAGGCGGUGUUCGAUGGUUCCUAAGCGGUGGGAGGAGGCACAAGUCGCAAGGUUCCGAUCUCGAAGCGGCAGACUUCGGUUCUAACAAGCGCCGGAGAGUCGACGGGACCGGUACCUUCAAGGAACCUACCCCGGAGCCCACGUCCGGCGCGCAAACACCGAGGGCAUCCUUCGACAACUCGCGCGAUCGUCGACCCUCGGUCGCAAGCACCGUAGACACCCUACCGGCAUACGAUGACCUUCGAUCUCCACCAUAUGCCGAGCAGUUUGCGCCGUCUGAAUCCCGCCCAAACAAUGCAGCAUGGCAAUCCCGUCUUAUCAUGUCCACAUCCGGACUGAGCAUUGCCAUGAGCGAGGAAAGCUUGCGCAGCCUCAAAUACUGCCUGAGCUGGCUUCGCUGGGCUAAUGUGCGCAUAGGAAAUGUCAUCAACUCUCUAAAGUCUACUAUGGAGAAGUUUGAAAGGGCCGAAAGGCAAUCGGAUGGUGAUCAUUCCAUGAACGGUACGUCUACUGGCGAAUUCACAGACAGGAACCAGCUCGCGGCGAAGAUUGCGGACCUGAGGAUGGACCUGCUCAAGACCCUUCAAGACGUCAUCAACACGGUCAGCAGGUACGCCGGCGGUGCGCUACCGGAGAAUGCGCGAGAACUUGUUCGACGACACCUAACGAGCUUGCCCCAAAGAUUCCGAGUCGCAAGCAUGGUUGGUGAUGGCCAACAGGAGGGCCAUCACCCCGAGGCUGACGGAGAGGCGGGACGAGAAGCGCAAGAGAAAGAGACGCGAGAAAGCGCCCAACGGGUACUGGUUCUCGCCAAGGAGGGACUCGAUAUGAUGUCCCAAGUAUCAGGGGUUCUGGAUGGAACCAUCGUCAGCGCCGAGGAAUGGUGUGAUAGGUUAGGUAGGAGGAAGCGAGAGCAGCGGGAAAGUUUGCUCGGGGUGUCUCACACACCGCAGACACCUUUAGACGAGGUAAAGAUCGGGUAAAUGAUACGAAAAUAUAGUAUGAAAACGUACGGCGUUCCACGGGGAAGACAAAAAAAAAUGAUGCACAUAA